AAGCAAAGUAAAUGUCAAAAUUUAUUCAGACUCGCACUCUCGCAGUCGAGCUCUGUCUCUGCCUCUGCCUCACUAGCAAGUAGUGAGUAGUUGCAAAAAGGUGAAAGUAGACAUCGUUGUCAUCGUGAUUUGGUGAAAAUUCCUAAUAUUUUUAUAUGUAGCUACUGAUUUAAAGUAACUUGUAAAUAUUAAAGAUCUUAGACAAUGAGAUAAUAAACAACGAAGAGCAUUUUAAUUUUAUACCAAAAAUCCAUUUCGUUUAGUCAUAAGAUGUGAGUACUCUAUUUAUGUAACUUCAAGCUAAAAUGUAUGCUCGUCAAUCAACAACAAAAAAAAUAUAUAACUUUUGCUACGGGAGUCUUAACCGUUUAUGAUUUAAGACUGUGCUACAUUUGUGCAAUAGACUGGAUGAUAAUCGAAUUAAUUUGAAUAACGUUAACGUUAAAAGUACCUAUACCUACUACCCACUUAAUUAUUCACCCUGUGUUGUUUUAUUCAUAUAGAUAUUCAUAUUCAUAUAGCGAGCGCGCUCCAUCACUACGUUGGCAGAGUUAGAGUUAGUUACAACAAAUGAUUCGCCGUGUCAUAACGUACUCGAUAGUAGGUGCUGGUGCUGUAGGCACUGGAUUGAGUCUUCGAGCCAACGACUAUGACGUCAAUUCGCUGGGCAUUGUCCGUUUAUCGAGAUCCGCCAAAACUGUGUUUGAUGUUGCACUUACCUACAAACGAGAGCUCUACUAUAGAGAAUGGGACAAAUCUUCACCAGAGUACAAAGCAGAAAAGAGUCGUGUGCACAAAAUUGCUGCCCAAAAGUUACUCGAAUUGAUGUGCACUAACAAGGGCGUUUACAUAAAAGUUGGACAACAUGUUGGCGCUCUGGACUAUCUGCUGCCCAAGGAGUUUGUUCAAACUAUGAAAAUUCUUCAUUCGGAUGCACCAACAAAUCCUGUGGAAGAUCUGUACAAAGUAAUUAAGCAGGAGCUCAAGAAACAUCCGGAUGAUUUGUUUGAAUCAUUUGAUCCAAGUCCACUUGGCACAGCUUCGCUGGCUCAGGUUCACAAAGCAAAGCUAAAGACCGGUGAAGUGGUGGCAGUAAAAGUACAGCACCCUUACGUGAAGGGUAAUUCCGUUGUGGAUAUGAAAACGAUGGAGAUUCUAGUCAACAUUAUGGCCAAAAUUUUUCCCGACUUUAAAAUCAAAUGGUUGGUGACUGAGACUAAGAAAAACCUCCCUAUGGAAUUAGACUUCUUAAACGAAGGCAAAAAUGCCGAAAAGGUGGCAGGACAAUUCAAACAUUACAAUUGGUUAAAGAUUCCAAAGAUAUACUGGGAAUUAUCGACUCCUAGAGUUCUAGUCAUGGAAUACCUCGAUGGAGGCCAAGUUACUGAUCUGGAUUACAUAAAGGCAAACAAAAUCGAUCGUUUUUCAGUGGCCAAUAAAAUCGGCCAGCUCUAUUCAGAAAUGAUUUUUACCAAUGGCUUUGUACAUAGUGAUCCACAUCCGGGCAAUAUUUUGGUGAAGAAAAACGCAAAUGGAAAAGUCGAUCUUAUUCUAUUGGACCAUGGACUCUAUGCCAAUUUAACCGACAAAUUCCGCUACGAAUAUUCCAAGCUAUGGUUAAGUAUUUUGAGAGUGGAUAAAGAAGCUAUGCGUCUGCACAGUAAUAAUCUUGGUAUAAAGGAUAAUCUUUAUGGAUUGUUUGCGUGUAUGGUGACAGGACGACCAUGGGAAACAGUUAUACAAGGAAUCACAAAAAUCAAAUACUCCGAAAAAGAGAAAGACACAUUACAAAACAAUACAUCUUUGGUGCUUCCACAUAUAUCGGAUGUCCUGGAGCAAGUCGAUCGACAAAUGCUUUUAAUUUUGAAAACAAAUGAUCUAAUUCGUGGUAUUGAGGCAACACUUAAGACUCAAAAUCGUAUGACUGCUUUUUGGGUCAUGUCCAAGUGCUGUGUUCAUUCUUCAUUUGCUGAACAAAAACGUAAUGAAUCUAGUCGUAGUUCAAGAAUCAGUAUGUCGCUGAAAGAACGUUGGGAAAUAUUUAAGCUAAAUAUUUACUACUUGUAUUUAGGGCUUAUAAAUUUUGGAUUUAUUGCUGCAGUUAAGCAAUUGAUGUGAAUACAUACAUAAGAAGGACAUUUGUUUUUAGUAAUUUAUUCUUUUUUUUUCCAAAAAACAAACAAACAAAUGAAAAGUAAAAAAUAAAAUAUCUUUGUUAUUUUUGUAUUGUUAUUUAAGAAACCGUAUUUCUUUAUUUGUUUUAGUAACUAGUUUAAGUGGAGACCUUUAUAUUAGUUUUUUUUGUGUUCCAUACACACUCUUUAUGUAAAUCACAUCUACCUACCUUUAUCAAAUUCAUAUUUUAUUUCAUAAAGCAUACAAAAUAAUGAAUGCCAGACAAAAUAUUAAAAUGAAUAUACAAAAUUUUCAGCAGCAGGUACAUAAAUGCCUUAUAAACACCUUUGUAUAUAUUUUACUUAAAUAAACCGGUAAAAAGAGAAAA